CCCCUCCUCUCGCCCACCGACCUCUCCCGCGACUGGGACGCCACCUUCAACCCCGCCGCCCUCCCGCGGCCACCCCAUCAGCCCCUCCGCGUCGCGCAGGCCGACAUUGACGCGGAGUGGGACCCGUGGAAGCUCCGCGCCAUGAUCGCCGCGACAUGCCAGGAUAUAGAGAGAUUACAGGCGCACCUGAUCGAGGUAGAGAGACGUGUCCAUGAUGUGAACCGUGAUAUCGAGGAUGCGAAGCGGCGUGAGAGGGGGCGAUGGGGCGGCGUGGAUGCCGGCGCGGGCUUUCUUGAUUUGUAUGCGCCGCGGGUUGAUGGCUACCGGAGGCGAAGGAGGAAACUGUUGGAGGUUGACAAGUAUGAAGUCUGCUCGGACUGGGAUUUGUUCAAGCUCCGGGACGUGUUCUCUGAAGCUCAGACGGAUAUCGACAAGCUGCUGGAUACGUUGGAGGACUUGGAGACUGAGAUACGGGAAAAGAGGCGACUACUGGGCAGUCUGCGAAAGUAUAGAAUGUGGUAUCAUAAUCUCAUGACCUGA